AACCUCUCCGAAGCGGUCUGCUGCCAAAAGAGGAUGGAAGGUGUUUUGCCGGACGUACGGGACCACGCUGUUACGAUCGUCUAACUAGCAUGCGAGUGCGUCCUGAAGAAGAGGUCCUCGCUACAGCAAAGCAAACUUCGAUCGUGCCAACAAAGUAGAGUGUCAUCCACCCCGUGUUUCGUGCAGCAGCUCGAGCGAGCCAUGAUCGUGUGAAGGGCGGUUUUCGAGCUGCCCUCGUCGUCGGACAAAAAGCAUGGCGCUCUUCGGCGUCCAGAUCGUGAUUACGAUGAUAAUGGCCAGCGUUCUACAGAAGCUGUCGCCGCAGUAUUCGAUAUCUCGCUGGAUCAUCUGCAAAAGACUGAUACGGUAUCUUCACCCAUCGGACGAAGAACUCAAGUCGCUUGCUGGAAUUUCGGGAAAGUCUUUCAAGGGAAAAGGCAGGAGAGAGAAAUGGAGAAACCGCAAUGGCUCCAUGGAUGAUGGCAAGGACUACGAGGAGUUUCUGGUGCCUAAAAGUGUACCCGUGGUGCUGCAAGCGGCCCCCAUCACGGCUGAUGAGGCACUGCAGCUCCGCUUCUACACUGACUAUCAGUGGCUAAUGGAUUUCGCCUGCACUGCCGUCUUAGUCUAUGCUGUCACAGAGGCCUACCGCUACUACUUUCCUGGCCGUGACGAGAUCAACCUCAGCCUGGUGUGGUGCCUGUUGGUGCUCGGCUUUGCCGUCAAAGUGCUGUUCUCGCUGACAGCCCUGUAUUUCCGUGGCGAAGAGCCCGUCGGCGAACGCUCGCUCUGCCUCGUCUCGGGGUUCACCUUUUUUGUCCUCGCCAUGGUGGCACUGAUUGCUGACGAAGACUUUCUAGAGUUUGGUCUCCGUGAUGCAUAUAGAAGUUUCAACGAGAGCUCACACCAGUUUCUUCAAACGCAAGGUUUGAGUUCAAGUGGUCCCACAUCCCAGCUAAUGUUCAAGUUCUUUCUGGCUGUGUGGUGUGGCCUAGUGGGGGCUUUCUUCACCUUCCCUGGUCUUCGUUAUGCCCGGAUGCAUUGGGAUGCCUUUAAGUACUGCGAGGGACAGCAUUUUCUCAGGCUGUUACUUCACAUGAGCUUCGUUUCACCCCUCUUUGUGGUGCUGCUGUGGGUGAAGCCUCUUGCCCGGGAAUAUUUCACCGAGAGGUCUUUCCCUGGCAUGAAAGGCAAUUUAAUGAGCAGCGAGGCAUUUGAGACAAGCCGCAUCCUGCUAGUGCUGGCCGUGGCUGUACUGAGGCUCUGCCUGAUGCCACGGUACCUGCAGUCCUACUUGAAUCUGGCCCCCGAAAAGAUGGCCGAGCUUCGCAAGGAAGCGGGAAACAUCAGCAACAUUGACCUUCAGCGCAAGGUGGUUCGUGUCUUCUACUACCUGUGUGUAGUGGCACUGCAGUACAUCACACCAUUGCUCACGUGCGCAUUUACAGCUCUCCUGUUGAAAACUCUGGGCGGCCACAGUUGGAUGGCCUACCUGUGGUCACCGGCCAGUCCUGCUGUUCCUCUCCAGCACAACAGGGUCCCCGGAGUGCCGCUGGGAGGGACUUCUCCAGAAUCAAUCCUGGCAACCAGCCAACAGUUCUCGCUAACGCUGGCCGGACUCCGAGCAAUCUUCACGCCGGUGUUAUUUCGCGGUGUCCUCAGCUUCAUGACCUGGUGGUUGUGUGCCACAUCUUUUGCCACCAGUGUCGUUGGACUCGUGUACCACUCGUACACCUCCUAGGUUCAAGUCAUUGAACAGUAGCGCUAUUAUGCACAGGAUUUUUUUUUACGACAAUACUGUGUGCGUCCGAGGCACUUCGUGAGGCAUGAUAUGUCCAUGUGGUAGUAGGUUAAAUGGCAGCUCCUCUUUUGAAUCCAUUUAGAGUACUAAUACUACCACUUGGUUUCGAGCGCUUGUGGGAGCUGGAGACUGGUUUCAUUCUGCUUCUGCUUACAUCUCAUAUGCAGAAGGUUGAAUGGGCAGCCGACCCAGUUGCCUGCCAUGAUUGCCAGGAAACUAACAUUAUGCCAAGUGUACCUCUCUCAUUAGAUAGUAUUUCAUUUGUGAGCGCAUCAACAAACGCUGAUUUUCUGUGCUAGAAGUGAAGCUCAUGCAUGCCGAUGAGAAGGAAGUCUUUGAAUGCAAACCCUUGGUGAAGUGGGGUAUGCUGCAUUGAAAGGAGCUUUGUCCCUAUUUUACAUUUCGAUAUCGUGUAGAUGUGAAUUAUCAUUCUCCACUGUGUACAGAGAAACACAGAGCGGGCAUUUUAUAACACAGCAUUUCUACGGUCUGAACACAUUAUCAAUUGGAUUAGCAGGGCUCUCAUAGGGGUAUUGAGCUAGUUUAUGAAGUGUAUAUGUUGUGGUACUCAGAAGCCCUCUGCCUAGCACUUUUGGGCUCCUUUCUCACAUGGAAUGUUUGUUUAGCUCCGUUACAGAGAGUGUGUUGAUAUCUCACUAACAAUCCCUCAUCAUAGCACUUCAUACUUUUCCUGUUAAUGUCAGUUAUCGCGCUGCCUCCCACUCUUAUUUUAGUUGACUAGGUUUACGUUCUGCAGGCAGUGACAUAAUGAAAAGAGCAAGGGCCAAGCACAGCUCAUGGCUGCCAAUAUAACAUCGCCACUCUGACAGCUAUCGUACAACGGUAUUUUUCUUGUUCGGUGUCCCAGUUAACUGUUCAGUUAUAUUGGCUGCCAACAUAACAUCCCCACACUGACAGCUAACGUACAACGGCAUUUUUCUUGUUCGAUGUCCCAGUUAACUGUUCAGUUAUAUUGGGUGCUUCUCAGCAAAUUAAGUUAGUGUCAACCACGAGUGAUUCUAUGGCUCACCACGAUGCGUCCACAAGGCAUGCUGACUGUUUAACAAAGAUAUUUGGCCUUACUGUAUCAUUCAUCGUCUUGCCUUCGCUCAAGCAUAUUGUUAGUGUUGAUAUCAUGUAAUCAUAAUUGAUUUUUCACGGGCAUACUGUUGUAUUUUAUGUGCUUUUAAAAGGACAACUUUCAGUGGAUGACAUGACGCAACGGGGGUAAAUUUGGGAACAAAGAAUGUGGUUGAGCUCUAUAGAAGCUAGAACGUGGCCAGGCAAAUGUGUGUUGCAUUAUUGAUAUUUGUGUUAAGGCUGUUUCAGCUAUGCACAAACAUAAGUUUUAGAUGCAUCUUGUUCAGAAAGCAUACUUCAUACUUUGGAGGAGGUUGAAACAACAUGACAUGCAAAACGUAGUUUUGCACCUAGCAUGAAAGUGACAAUAAUGCAGCCAGUGCCGUAAACGUAUGCUUGGAUGAACGAAGGCAUAGCUGUCUAUAUGGAUCACUAAGGCUUCAUUUUGAUACAGGCCAUCAAACUGUGUGUGAACUUAUGGAGAGUUUUUACAAAGCUUAUCAACUCCUUUUGCGUGUGUGCAUGGUGAACGUACACUGGUAAGCACCACACAAAUUUUUUUUCAUGUUCGUUGUUUUUGUAUACAUUUAACGUCGGCAGUAUUCUAAAUGUGGGUACUAUAGACACUGGUUCUUGUUUGCUCACUGUAUCAUUCAUAGGCCACCGUAGUAACUUAUUGGUUUGUAGACAAGCUCCUUCAGGCAGUUGGUGAAAAUCACGAGAUUAAGUCUAUGCAACUACUAGUCUGUUAUUAUAUAGCCUUUGUAAGUGUCAAAACGGGGUCUCACUUCACCAAACUGUACUUACGUAACCACAUGUGAUAGGCAUCAUCUUCCACAAUCAACGUAGUCACUUGUGUGCCUUUAUCCAAAGCUGACGGAUAUGUGCAGCAUGUUGUGAAAUGGUGCAGGUGUUGUUUGCCAGUGUAUGAAAUGUUUUCCAUAAACAAAGCACUUCGCAUUUGGGUUUUGUCUACUUGGAUACGUGAGCAUUAUAGUCUUGUCAUCAAUGUAGCCAGCACUGAUGACUUACCAGUAGCUGUACAAACAAGGUAUGCACGGACACUAAACAAAGCGCAUCACGACGCUUGUGCAGACAUCAAGUGGAGUGUUGGCUGCAAGAACUUUUUCGAAAACGUAGACAAUUUUUGAAGUGGCGAGUUACCUCCAUAUUGGGAACAUUCUGGUAUGUACAUAUACAUUGAGUUUAAGUUAUUAUAGUAAAGUCUCACCCAUGAUGCAAUUAUUUCCAUUAGAUUCAUUGUUCAUCAUAAGCAUAUAUAUUCAUAUCAGCAAGAAAUACUGAAGAUUGACAUUGUUACAACUCAUAAUCAGUAAUACCAUACAUCUGUUUGUUAUAAAGUUGAUCUGACAUUGAAACCUAUCAGUAAAACAGAAUAACCACACGGUAGGUCAUUUUAGUAGGCAUUGAAUGCUUUUCGAUUAAUAUGUGAUCUGCUAACUAGUAAAAGCGCAUACAUUACACUGUUGCCAAUGUCGAAAUGCGUAGUAAGUGCGUAGCUGAGAAAAAAUCAGGCAUCUGAAAAAUAAAUCGGUAACCA